ACCGAGAGAGGAGCCACGCAGAGGCGAGAGAGAGAGAGAGAGAGAGAGAGAGAGGACACAGCAGAAGAGAAAUUACACUCGAUAGCAUCCUGCCUGGGAAAAAAAUACAGCAUUAUAUUUCAUCAUUUAGUGCAUGCAUUCGCCUAACUUAUUCACCCACUAAGCUUUUUCUCUUUUUAUUCUUGUUGUUAUUACUGCGGCUGCUCAGAGACUCCAGAUGCGCAGUGAUGAGGAAUUAGUCUGAAUUAGUCUCAGAAGUUGUGACGUGACGUUCUGGGAAUAAAAAAUGGCACAAAGAAAAGUUUAAACCGGGGGGAAAGAAAAAAUCUCAGGUUUGUGGUCGUAUGGACGGGAAAACACCAUCGGAUCUUUAAGCAAGGAUGCCGUGCUGGACUCCGUGAUCUACUAAGAAAUAAAUAUUCAUAACUAAUCCUCUCUUCUUUUUUUUCUUCUUUUUCUUCUUUUCCCACUGGAUGUCAAGUGGAGCUACAGGAUUUUGGAUGUGAAAUAAUUCAGUUAGGGGAUGGAAAUGUCUUAUUUCUUUUAAAAAAAGAAGAAGAAACAACAAACAAACAACAAAUAACGGGAUCACCGCACGUUUAUUCGGAUUUAUCAUGAUUUUAUUAAAUAUUCUGGCUCUCCUGUUUUUAGCGGAUGAGGUGGCUGCUUUGGAGAACGGCGAAUGGACGGCCCCCAUGGACUGUUUAAGGGCGAGCGAGAUGUGUAACCAGAACGCACAGUGCAGCUCACGUUUCCGUAUCAUGCGACAGUGCCUGGUAGGCCGAGACCGCAGCGCUAUGCUGGAGAACAAGGAGUGCCAGGUGGCGCUGGAGGUCCUGCAGGACAGCCCGCUGCACCACUGCCAUUGCAAGAGGGGCAUGAAGAAGGAGCUGCAGUGCCUGCAGAGCUACUGGACCAUCCACAUGAGCCUCAAUGAAGGAGAAGAGCUUUACGAGACGUCCCCCUACGAGCCAAUGCAUUUCACUGAUGAAUUCCGACUCGCUUCUAUUAUUUCAGCCAUGGACUCGGCCUCCUCUAAGGGCACCGUGUGUCCCGAGUCUGUGAAUUCUUGUAAUCCGUGUCUGGAUGCUGCGAAGGCGUGUAACCUGAACACGGUGUGUAAGCGUCAGCGCUCGGCCUACGUCAGCGCGUGUAGCCGCUCCACGCCCAUCGCCCUCUCGUCCGAGCCUUGCAGCCGCAAACGCUGCCACCGGGCGCUACGCCAGUUCUUUGAGCGCGUGCAGAGCGAUCUCAGCUACCCACUGCUCUUCUGCUCGUGCCGGGACAAAGCGUGUGCCGAGCGACGACGUCAGACCAUCGUACCCACGUGCUCUUUUGAGGAAAAGGCAAAACCGAACUGCCUCGAGCUCCGGAGAAUCUGUCGAUCAGAUGCACUGUGCAGAUCCAGAUUGGCAGACUUCCACAUGAACUGCCAGACGACUCCGCACUCGAUAACGAGCUGUCCUAAUGACAACUACCACGGCUGUCUCGUGUCCUACGUCGGGCUUAUAGGAUCGGACGUGACCCCGAACUACGUUGACGCCAACCACGCCAACAUCACCAUAUCGCCGUGGUGCAGUUGCCGUGGCAGCGGUAACCAGGAGACAGAAUGUGAAGCUUUUCUGCGUGACUUCAGAGAGAACGCAUGUCUAAGAAAUGCAAUCCAGGCGUUUGGUUACGGAGCAGACGCCGGUUUCCUUCCGUUCACCGAAUCCCAUUCUGUCGGCCCAUCUGAGAAACCCAACCUCCAUCCUGCCAUCAUCACCAAACCCGACAUCAUCACCAACGACGUCAAACCGGUGGAGAGCGCGUGUGUUUUCUCCACAUGCGCUAAUCUUAAGGACGGUGCUGAGAAGUGUUCUCCCUCCAGCAGUUUUGAAUGUGCAGAUGAGAACAUCCUGGACUCCGAGAUGGACAGCUCUAUCCACUCCCACCAAUCAGAGAACGACAGACACUCGUCCGCGUAUCUGUCCAGCAUCUCCACGGCAACCAUCGUCCUGUCCAUCGUACUUGUCAUUCAGGUCGUGUAAAUAAAUCUCCGAGUCCACGAGGGCCAAAACAAUCAGAUGGACACCUCCAGUCCAAACCCUGACAUUGAUCUCUGUCAUUCUCUUUCUCUCUCUCUCUCUGUCUCUCUCUCUCUCUCUCUCUCGCUCUUUCGGUGUCUCACAUGCCAUUUUUAACAAUUUUGCCCAAAAUGAAGAGACUGCAGAAGUGUAGUCCUACAGCACGGGAAACAUCUACGUGACUAUUAGCUUAGCAAUGUGGGCUAAUCAGAGGGGAGGUUUUUUUUGUUUUUUUUGGCAUGAAGAGCCGAAGGAAGUAAGAAUGCUUUGUCAUGUACAGGUAUAUAAUCACUGGAGACCGUUGGUGGAUAUCUGAAACGGUAUGUGGCUUACAGAUACGGACGCAUUUUCCAUAAUAAUGAGCUUCUUCUGUAUAAUUACAUCCAGCUGAGCAGAAAGAUCUGUAAAAUAAAUCUCCACAAGGCUGUCUGACAUGGCAGGACACAUCGUUCAUAUGUAAAACGCUUUUCAUUUAAAAGAUAAAGGCAGGUCCGUCAAUCUGAGUUAGCCGUAAUGACUUUUUUAUUAAAUCAGUUAUUAAACACCAAGGCGAGUGGAAGACUAGAAAUAUGGAUGCUUCGCCCCAGACCAUCUCUGAUUGGCCGACGCUUGGUUAUGUUAGAGUGUUUUACAAUGAUUUUGGAAAAAAUACGGAUAAUCCUGUUUAAUUUCCACACACUGCCUCGUCUUGCUUGCUUGUCAAUCCUCAGCAUAGCACAACAGCUGCUUCACGUUUCACACUCCUUAUUUAUCCAUAACCGCAUGACCUGAAGUGUUAACUUCCUCUCAUUUCACAGCCACAUGAUAUUUUUUCAUUCCUUUACAGUCACAUUUAAUAUCCGUUAUUUUUUUUUAUAAAACAUAAAGUAAAUGUCAUUCCUUCUACGAAACUCCAGCACCGAUACUGGAGACUCUGUUGGAAUCUGUUCCUGUGUACGUUGUUACUAUAAAAAUGACAAUAUUCUAGAGCGAGUGCCGAAACUACUGUCCGAGCUGCUGUUAGAGAAAAUAAAGCAACACUGAUCAGAAUAAAGAGUUCAGCAGUGGUCUAGAAAUGAAUAAUAAUAAUAACAAUAAUAAGAUUUUACAUUUCUGAUCAUAUCAAAAGAACUGAGACACAUGCACUAUACGGCCUGAGGUAUAUGGACGCCUGACAGUCACAGCCAACAAAAAUGGAAGUACACGAUUGUAUAGAAUGUCUCUGUAUGCUGUAACUUUACAAUUUCUCUUCACUGGAACUAAGAGGUCCAGCAUGACGAUGCCCCUGUGCACAAAGCACAAACCAUAAAGACAUGAUUUGCCAAGAUUGAUGAAGGUGGAAGAACUCGAGCGUCCUGCACCCUAGCCCUGACUCAGACUGAACACCUUCAGGAUGAACUGGAACACCGAUUGAACCCCUGACCUUCUCACCAUCAACAACAUCAGUGCCAGAUCUCGCUAAUGCUCUAAUAUCUGAAAUCCCCACAGUCAUGCUCCAACAUCUAGUGGAAAACCUUCACAGAAGAUUAGAGUGGAGCUGAUUAUAUGUGAGUGUCCGGGUGUCCGCAUACUUUUGGCCAUGUAGUGUAUGAGCUUGAAAUCUAUCUUGGUUAAAUUGAGCAUUUUCUUUAAUAAGGCUGUGCUGAAUUUAUAACUUUAUUUUUAAUCACCAUCGCAAAUUUCGGCUUCCUUUAAUUACUUAAUCGAGAAAUUAAAAAAAAAAUUAAAGAAAAAUAACGUUAGAUCAUUUUUUAAUGAUGCUGCUGUAAUACAUGAUAAGCUCCUGAUUCCCAGUUUUUUGCUCUUUAUUUAUUCCUUUAUUUAAAUCUAGCUGUGCUUAAAUUAUAUAUAACCUAAAUAAUAAUAAUAAUAGUAAUAAUAAUAAUUAUUAUUAUUAUUAUUAUGUUUUUUUAUUAUUGAUUUUUUUAAUAAUAUGUUUAGAAAUUAUAUUCCUAAAUAAUGACAGCAUCAUUUUUUAUGCUACAUGGAAAAACAAAUCUUUUAAAAAUUCCAACCAAACAUAAUGAUUUCCUUUUUUUAUGCAUCAUCCUGUAGUCUUAUCUUGAGAUUAUUGUCUUUCCACACAAAUGUAUGUCAUUUGAGGAAAGUCUGAUUUAAAUCUUACUCAUCUUGAUUGAUCGCUUUGCCUUUUUAUUUUCAUCCGAGGAAGAAGAGCGUCAGAAAAGUGAACGCACUUAACCCCGUUCCCCCUCAUACCUCUUCCGCAUGCUAAUUGGUGUUGUUUUUGUUUUGUUUUGUUUUUUCCUUUUCUUUUUCUGUGUACAUGCAUUACAGGAACACCAUUAAGCUGUCUCAGCUUGUCAGAAUAAAACACGUCCAUCUGUACGAACAAGUCUUCAUUGUAUGAGAAGAAAGCAGAUCCGGGAUUGCAGAGGUGUGAGCUGUGAAUCGCUUGUAUUUCUCGAACCAGAUCAUCCUUCACUAAUAUAAUUACACUAUACUGGAUAACUGAUGGAAUAAAAAAUCAGGGGCUGGUGUUGACUCAGACUUUCGGGCCUGGCUGUACGGUGUAUGAAAAUAUCAGCGUUUAAUACGGCUUUUCGAGUGGGCGUGUGCUGAUGACGCAGUUCAUUUCCAUAUCGAUAUCGAUGUCUGUUAUCACGAUUAGGGAUGCAUCAGUACUGAGUACUAGUACUUACUAGUACUUUUUUAUUCACCGUUCUAAUUUUUAACCAAUCAGGGCCGGCGUAGGAGAUUUUCUUUAGCUCUGUUUAGACUAGAUUUAUCGUUGUUGGCACGUUUAAACACUGAUAGAGCUAACAAAGAACACGUGGCCUUUAGCAAUCACGUGAAUUGCAUCUUGACUUGAUAGCAAACCACACGUCUGUCAGCCCUCAGUGCUCGCAGAUCUGCACUGAUCUCAUGUCUCCGGCUUUUUACAUUUUUUUGACUGACAUCGUUAUCGUGAAAUCCGAAAUCGUCUGUUCAUUAGCAUAAACGCUACACAGCAAAAUCCAAAGGGUUUAAUUAUAUGUACAUUUAUGGUAUUUGACAGACGUUCUUAUCCACCAGAACAACUUACGUUUAUCUCAUUCACACAACUGAGUGGUUGAGGGUUGAAAACUAUGCUCAAAGACCCAGCAGGGGCAGGUUGAUGGUUCUGGGAUUUCCAGCAUCUUGACCACUGCACUGCCAUUUCCCCAGAAUGUUGAAAUAACUCCCAGAGUGUGUCAUAGUUAUCCAAUUAAUCCCAAAAUCAGAAGCCUGCUGAACUUCACUAUAACUCAACUAUAACACAAAGCCUUCAAUACACAAUAGACACAAUCUCUGCAAGAGGACACGGUUGUAAAAUGACAAAUUGCUAAUAUUGGAUGUUUGCCAAAAAGUAUGAUAUGAAACAUAUGCUGCUACAGGAAACUAAUUAAUGUCAAGGUGGUGUGAUGUAAUGAUGCAAAUAACAACACCUCAAGGUUAUUUUAAAAAGCAGCAGUUUAUAAAAUUAUAUAAUAUAAUAUAAUAUAAUAUAAUAUAAUAUAAUAUAAUAUAAUAUAAUAUAAUAUAAUAUAAUACAAUAUAUUAAUUUAAUUAUUUGAAAAUAACACUAUUGUUAUAAUUUUUAUUAUUAAAAAAAAUUAUUCUAAAAACAUCCAGCGGUUUGAAUUUACACCCUCCAGCGAGUAUCUAUGUCCAAUUAAAUGAGUGUUUGAAAUGAAUUAAUGGCGUUGUGUGUAGGUUUCAACCAUAGCAUCAUGUAGACCUAAAUGUUAGUAUCUGAGCAUUUUUCUUUUAAAAAGGAGGAUUAAAUGAACACGAUAUCAGUCCCUGAUUCCAGUCUCAGUAUUCCUGCAUCCCUAAUCACAAUCUUGUAUUACAAAAUGAUUAGUUGCCAUUAGAGAUGGAUGUACAGAUGUACAGUAUGCCUUCAUGAUCCUGCCUUCAUAUUGGAAUGCAGAAUGUUGUAGAAGACCGCUGUCUUAAUGGGAUAGCUGCUAUCUCAGGAUAUUAAGGCUGUCUGAAAUCGGUGCCUGGUGUUCGGUGGAAUUUUACAGUUUUUACUCACAGCAUAUUGCAUGUGAUUAUCAGCACAUGCCGGUCACAUGACACAGAAUCACGGGAAUGAAGGAUCGAUGAAAAAGAUAAGCAAAAACCGUUCCAUUUUUACGUAUAUAUUUGUAUUUGUAGGUUAACGCUUCAGCAGCCGGAGUUUGAGCAGAAGGGUAAAAGAUGACGGGCUGAGGUGAGGUCACAUGAGGGAUUUCUGAACCAUAAGCAACGAAUUGAUUUUAUUGUCAUCAGUGUGCGUCUCUGACUCCUCCCACUCUUAAAAAUUACACGAUGUAGCUGUUUGUUUGCAGUUCAUGACUCUAACGCUCUUACACGGGUGCAUCUUUUUAAACCCACACGACAAUACUGAUGGUCAUGUGACCUAUGGAGUCAAUGUUUAUUCCCUCUGAUCGAUGCUUUUUUCUGUAUUAAGUAUUUCUGUUUCCUGUCUGAUGUUUUCUACAGUCUAUACACACUGUGCUGUGUAAAAAAAAUGUUUUAUAUGCUUGAUGUUAAACCCAUGGAGGAGAUUAUCACUCAGUGUGUGAACCCUAGCAGGCUCUUCUCCACAGUUUCUGCAUUGCAUUAUUGUGUUGCUCAUAACACCUCUUUUUCAGGAAAGAGACAGAAUUCCAUAGUGUCACCAAAACAUGCUGGAAAUGAUCUUUGACCUGUCUAAUUUACCCGAGUUAGUGUUAUUGUCUUCCAGGUUAAACCCAUAACCAGAAUCCUGCUGGAGUUCCCUCUCAAUACAUACACAAAACAUUCAUACAGCUGUAAUAUUGUCAAUGCACAAUAUAUAUUUGUGUAAGUCUCUGGUAAAUAACACAUAUGGGAAUGUAUUUUAGUGGUUCAGCUUAGCAUGAGCCAGCAAAACACAAUUACUUUCAAAAAAACACAAUUAAUUUAAAAAAAAACAUAAUUACAUAAAAAACAAUCAAUUAAAAAAAAUAAUUACAUAAAAACACAAUUAAUUAAAAUAAUAAGAUUAAUUUAAAAAACAUAAUUACUUUUUUUUUUUUUUUUUUAAAAAAAAACCAUAAUUACAUAAAAAACACAAUUAAUUUUAAAAAAUACAUUUACAAUAAAACCUCACAAGGUUUCGCAGAUGUUCGGUGGAGUCACUGAAAAUGCUAAUACUGUACUGUAAAUGCUUAUUUUUAGAGGUUAAACCCUAAAUAUGAUCCCAGUCAUGCUCCCAAAACACUUUAAUUUCUUUUAAAAGUUAGCUUAAUACAUUACCCUUAAAAAAGAAAUAAAUGUUUGACGUAAAGAUAGAGUACAGUAUCACCUGUAUAAAAACCAAGGGAAAAAUCACUGAGAUCACUUAUUCACAGAAUAUACGCGCGUGUUGAACCGAGUACAAGGGGCGGGGAGAUGAACCGCGACAUCACGCAUACAAAGCAUCAUAGCUACCAGCCAAUCAGCAGCUAGGUAAAACUGUUAAUGCUCUGUGAUUGGCUACUUCCAACCCUUCUAGCCAAUAGCGUGUUGUAAAGGCUGUACUGUACGUACAUGAUGUCGGCGAUGUUCGAUAUCAUUAAAAUUAAAACAUUUAUAUUUUAUUUAUAUUGAUAUUUUUAUUACUAAAUUAAUAAACAAAACUUUUAAUUAAUAAUUUCACAUUAAAAAGCAUGAAAAUGUAUAAAUUGCCACGAAAUUAGCUGUAAAAACUUUUGCAGGAUUUUGCGGGUCUGCGAAAAAUUCGCAGAUGCAAAUUAGUUAGGUUCCAUAGAAAAUUUCGCGGAUCAUUGAAGCCGUGAAUCGUGAGACACGGAUCUGUGAGGUAUUACUGUAAAUAAAAAAAACACAAUUACUUUAAAAAAACACAAUUAAUUAAAAAAGCAUAAUUAAUUAAAAUUAAUUACAAUUACUGAAAAAAACUCAAUUACUUUAAAAACAGAAUUAAUUAAAAAAUACAAUUACUUUAAAAACACACAAUUACUUUAACAAAAACACAAUUACUUUAACAAAAACACAAUUACUUUAACAAAAACACAAUUACUUUAAAAAAACACAAUUACUUUUAAAAAAUACAAUUAUUUUAAAAACACAAUUACUUUAAAAAACACAGUUACAUCAACAAAAAAAAACUUGACUACUAUAAAAACACAAUUACUUUAAAACACAACUACUAUAAAAACACAAUUACUUUAAAACACAACUACUAUAAAAACACAACUACUAUAAAAACACAAUUACUUUAAAACACAACUACUAUAAAAACACAACUACUAUAAAAACACAAUUACUUUAAAACACAACUACUAUAAAAACACAACUACUAUAAAAACACAAUUACUUUAAAACACAACUACUAUAAAAACACAAUUACUUUAAAACACAACUACUAUAAAAACACAAUUACUUUAAAACACAACUACUAUAAAAACACAAUUACUUUAAAACACAACUACUAUAAAAACACAAUUACUUUAAAACACAACUACUAUAAAAACACAAUUACUUUAAAACACCCAACUACUAUAAAAACACAACUACUAUAAAAACACAAUUACUUUAAAACACAACUACUAUAAAAACACAAUUACUUUAAAACACCCAACUACUAUAAAAACACAACUACUAUAAAAACACAACUAC